AUGGGCAUAUUGGUGUUGGAGGAGACUAACAAGGCGGAGCUCGAGGAAUUCCGGCGGAUGCUGCUGUCCCGCGCGGCGGUGCACCGGCGGAAGGACGAUGAGGGAUUUGGGGCCCGCGAGGAUGCGCCGCCGGCUCGAAACGGCGACGUAUUGGACAGAAUGGUUUGCGUAACCAGCGGCGUAUCAUACCUCGGAAUUGCUAUCGUGAACCAGCUUCUGGUCGGCGGCUACUCCGUGCGGAUUUUGGUCGACAAUGAAGAGGAUGUGGAGAAAUUAAGUGAAAUGGAGAUUUCCGGUGAAAUGCGACCCAACCGAAGCCUCGUCGAGGUUGCUAUGGUCGAUCUCACCAAAGUCGAGAGCCUCGUCGAGGCUUUUGAGGGUUGCCGUGGAGUUUUUCACACGGCUGCAUUUGUGGACCCCACCGGACUGUCCGGUUACUCGAAAGCUAUGGCUGAUGUUGAAGUGAAGGCCACCAAGAACGUGGUGAAGGCAUGUGGAGUUUCGUCCUCUGUUUGCUUUUGUGUGCUGACGUCAUCUCUCUUGACGUGCAUUUGGCGGGAGAAUUUGUCGAAUGAACAAAUUCUCCAUCAAAUUGACCACAAGACAUGGAGCGAUGAAUCCGUCUGCAUAAACAAAAAGCUUUGGUAUGCUUUGGGGAAGCUGAGGGCCGAAAAGGCCGCAUGGAAAAUCGCGAAAGAAAGCAGACUAAAGCUAGCCGCCAUUUGUCCCGGGCUUAUCACGGGCUCGAAAUUUUACCAAAGAAACCCGACAUCCACAAUUGCUUACCUCAAACGAGCUCGCGAGAUGUAUGCAUACGGAUUGCUUGCUACAGUCGAAGUAAACAAAUUAGCAAAGGCUCAUGUUGCCGUUUUUGAGGAGAUGAAGAUGGGUUGCGGUUGCGGAAGGUACGUUUGCUUUGAUAAGGUGAUCGAGCAAGAAAACGAGCUCGAGAAGCUGGCUAGUGAGGUAGGAAUUAGCUCGAGCUCGAUAAUCGAGGCAGCUUCGUGCAGCAGCGAUAGGCCUCGAUUUUUCGAGCUAUCGAAUGUAAAACUUUGUCAGCUAAUGUUGAGAACACAAAGGUGUCAUAAUGAGUGA